AGCGAGGGCGCGGCGCACGCGCACGGCGAGGGAGUGGCGGAAGUGAAGCGGCGGCGGAGCAGGAGGCGCCAUGGAGGUUCUGUCUGUUGCCGCCGCUCUCUGUGGGCCGGAGCUGGAGCGUUUCGGUCGCUGCGUGGCCGCGAGCGCCGGGAGCUGGGCCCGGGAUUGUCACCAACUGUCCCUGAGCGUCACCCGCUGCACCUCCCACCACCCCCUGGUGCGCCGGAUCCGCCGGGAUUGCUCGGAUUCCUUCGGAGCGUUCGAGCGCUGCCUCCGGGACCGGCCCCGGGACGCGGCCGAGUGCGGCCCCCACGUCCAGGAAUUCCUGAGCUGCGCCCAGAACGUCACCCGGGAACAUUCCCGGAAUUCCAGCCGCGAUUCCAGCCCCGGAGAGAAUCCCUGGAAUUAAAACUCCUCCGGAAAAGCCUCGGAACCUUCCGGAACCUUCGGAAUUUCCCCUCUGGAAAAGGAGCUGAUCCCGAAUUUCCGGAACAUUCCCGGAGUUUGGAUCCCAAAAAUUGGAGAGGAAAAAAAAAAGAAAAAUAAAAAAUUCCAGCGGGAAUUUCCCCGGG